AUGUCCCUAAGACCCUGUUCAGCAUCCCUGCUCCUGGGAGCCUAUAUCCAAGAAGGAAAAACGGAGACAGUGGGCUUAAGGCAUGGCUUCGAUGACAUGAAGGGUGAGGCACAGUGGGCAGCUGACAGGACGCAGCCCCUGCUCCUGGCCUUGAAGUCUGGAGGAUAUAAGGACAUGAGGAGGGGGAAUGAUCUUCACUGGUUAGCAUGUGCCUUAUAUGUGGCUUGCAGAAAAUCUGUGCCGACUGUAAGCAAAGGGACUGUUGAAGGAAACUAUGUAUCUUUAACUAGAAUCCUGCGAUGUUCCGAACAGAGCUUACUUGAAUUUUUUCACAAGAUGAAGAAGUGGGAAGACAUGGCAAACCUACCCCCACAUUUCAGAGAACGUACUGAGAGACUAGAAAGAAACUUCACUGUGUCGGCGGUAAUUUUUAAGAAAUAUGAACCCAUUUUUCAGGACAUUUUUAAAUAUCCUCAAGAGGAGCAGCCUCGUCAACAGAGAGGAAGAAAACAGCGGCGACAGCCCUGUACCGUGUCCGAAGUUUUCCAUUUUUGUUGGGUGCUUUUUAUAUAUGCAAAAGGUAAUUUCCCCAUGAUUAGUGAUGAUUUGGUCAAUUCUUACCAUCUUCUGCUGUGUGCUUUGGACUUGGUUUAUGGAAAUGCGCUUCAAUGUUCCAACCGUAAAGAACUUGUAAACCCUAAUUUUAAAGGCCUGUCAGAGGAUUUUCAUGCUAAGGAUUCUAAACCUUCCUCGGACCCACCUUGUGUCAUUGAGAAACUCUGUUCCUUACAUGAUGGCCUCGUUUUGGAAGCAAAGGGAAUAAAGGAACAUUUCUGGAAACCCUAUAUUAGGAAACUUUAUGAAAAAAAGCUUCUUAAGGGAAAAGAAGAAAAUCUUACAGGGUUUUUAGAACCUGGGAACUUUGCAGAGAGUUUUAAAGCCAUCAAUAAGGCCUAUGAGGAGUAUGUUUUAUCUGUUGGGAAUUUAGAUGAAAGGAUAUUUCUUGGAGAGGAUGCUGAAGAGGAAAUUGGGACUCUGUCACGGUGUCUGAACACUGGUUCGGGAGCAGAGGCUGCUGACAGGGUGCAGAUGAAAGCCAUCCUCCAGCAGCAUUUCGACAAGGUGAGCUGGCCAGUGCCAGGAAAGCAGACAUGCCGGAGUCUCUGUGUUAUUUUUCUACAACAACUUACACAGCAGCUUGGAGUGAUCUUCACCACCAUGCUCACAGGCCUCAAGAAUGCGCCAAGUGAGAAAUUGGAACAGAUUCUAAGGACAUGUUCCAGGGAUCCAACACAGGCUAUUGCCAACAGAUUGAAAGAAAUGUAUGAAAUAUAUUCUCAGCAUUCCCAGCCAGAUGAGGAUUUCAGUAAUUCAACUAAAGAAAUUGCCAGCAAACAUUUUCGUUUUGCAGAAAUGCUCUACUAUAAAGUAUUAGAAUCAGUUAUUGAGCAGGAACAGAAAAGACUGGGAGACAUGGAUUUAUCUGGCAUUCUGGAACAAGAUGCAUUCCAUAGAUCGCUUUUGGCCUGCUGCCUUGAGGUCGUCACUUUUUCUUAUAAGCCUCCUGGGAAUUUUCCAUUUAUUACUGAAAUAUUUGAUGUGCCACUUUAUCAUUUUUAUAAGGUGAUAGAAGUAUUCAUUAGAGCGGAAGAUGGUCUUUGUAGAGAGGUGGUAAAACACCUUAAUCAGAUUGAAGAACAGAUCUUGGAUCAUUUGGCAUGGAAACCAGAGUCUCCACUCUGGGACAGAAUUCGAGACAAUGAAAACAGGGUUCCGACUUGUGAAGAGGUUAUGCCACCUCAGAACCUGGAAAGAGCAGAUGACAUUUGUAUCACUGGCUCUCCUUUGACUCCCAGAAGGGUGAGUGAAGUUCGUGCUGAUACUGGAGGACUUGGAAGAAGCAUGACAUCUCCAGCCACAUUAUAUGACAGAUAUAGCUCCCCGACAGCCAGCUCCACCAGAAGGCGGUUAUUUGUCGAGAAUGAUAGCCCCUCUGAUGGAGGGACACCUGGGCGCAUUGCCCCGCAGCCCCUAGUCAAUGCUGUCCCUGUGCAGAAUGUAUCGGGGGAGGCUGUUUCUGUCACUCCAGUUCCUGGGCAGACUUUGGUCACCAUGGCAACAGCCACUGUCACAGCCAACAAUGGACAAACAGUGACCAUUCCUGUACAAGGUAUUGCGAAUGAAAAUGGAGGGAUAACAUUCUUCCCAGUCCAGGUCAAUGUUGGAGGGCAGGCCCAAGCUGUGACUGGCUCCAUCCAGCCCCUUAGUGCUCAGGCCCUGACUGGAAGUUUGAGCUCUCCACAGGUGACAGGAACAACUUUGCAAGUCCCUGGUCAGGUGGCCAUUCAGCAGAUCUCCCCAGGUGGACACCAGCAGAAACAAGGCCCACCUUUAACUGGCAACAGUAUUAGGCCCAGGAAGACCAGCUCUUUAUCGCUUUUCUUUAGAAAGGUGUACCACUUGGCAGGUGUCCGCCUUCGGGAUCUUUGUGCUAAACUGGAUAUUUCAGAUGAACUGAGGAAAAAAAUCUGGACCUGUUUUGAGUUCUCCAUAAUUCAGUGUCCUGAGCUUAUGAUGGACAGACAUCUGGACCAGUUGUUAAUGUGUGCUAUUUAUGUGAUGGCAAAGGUCACAAAAGAAGACAAGUCCUUCCAGAACAUUAUGCGUUGUUAUAGGACCCAGCCACAAGCCCGGAGCCAGGUGUAUAGAAGUGUUUUGAUAAAAGGGAAAAGGAAAAGAAGAAAUUCUGGCAGCAGUGACAGCAGAAGCCAUCAGAAUUCUCCAACAGAACUAAACAAAGACAGAACCAGCAGAGACUCCAGUCCCGUCAUGCGGUCCAGCAGCACCUUGCCCGUUCCACAGCCCAGCAGCGCUCCUCCUACACCUACUCGCCUCACAGGUGCCAACAGUGACAUGGAAGAGGAGGAGAGGGGAGACCUCAUUCAUUUCUACAACAAUAUCUACAUAAAGCAAAUUAAAACAUUUGCCAUGAAGUACUCACAAGCAAACGUAAUGGAUGCUCCUCCUCUCUCUCCAUAUCCAUUUGUCAGGACAGGCUCUCCUCGCCGAAUACAGCUAUCUCAAAAUCAUCCUAUCUACAUUUCACCACAUAAAAAUGAAACGAUGCUUUCUCCUCGAGAAAAGAUUUUCUAUUACUUCAGCAACAGUCCUUCAAAGAGACUGAGAGAAAUUAACAGUAUGAUACGGACAGGAGAAACUCCAACCAAAAAGAGAGGGAUACUUUUGGAAGAUGGAAGUGAAUCACCCGCAAAAAGAAUUUGCCCAGAAAAUCACUCUGCCUUAUUACGCCGUCUCCAAGAUGUAGCUAACGACCGAGGUUCUCACUGA